AGAUGGCAAACGCGCGGCUGAGGGACGGCCUCCCGCCCCGGGCCCGCCCCACACGGGCGGGCAGCAGCGCCCGGAGCGGCCGCGGGGCUCGCCCGGGGGACGGGAGGUCGGGCCGGGCGCCAUGACGGCGCUGCCCUUGCCCGCCCGGGGUCGGCGAGGAGCGUUGCGGGCACCACACGAGCCGGAGCCGGGGGAGCCGGAGCCCAAGCGAGCAUGCAAGCUGUUAGAAACCAUUCCAAAUGAGGCCGAUGCUCGCCUCAUUGACUGUGCCAUGGAGCUGGAUUCUAAACAGAAAAUCUCUGCUGACUGUGAUCCCUGGGCUACAAAGACAAAGCAAAAUUCAAUGAUUUUUGAAAACCAUGGAAGCAGAGGUACUGCCCAGCCUUGCCCAAGAUGUAUUGCUGGAGAAUCUCUACAGCUGUAAGAAACAAUGAAAACAACUUGCUAACUUUACUCGGGACACUUCAGUCAUAUCCUGGGCUUCUAGAAAUUGAGAGACGGCAAGUCAGCAGCACUGCUUUUCUGUUUACAUUCUAAACAUGCACCUGUGAACCCUGUACAGCUGGAUAUCUGUACAUUCACUCACGGCGUGGAUUUGUGUGUAGUAUUCAGCAUACAGCAGUUUGCUGUAUGUGUUACUCUUUUAGUGCACAAUGAUGGAUAUCAUUGUUUUUACACUUGAAAAAAUGCUUCUGCUUUUAAGGUAGCUCAAUAUAUGUUUAAAAAAAAUUUUGAUUUAAUGUUUUAGGCUAGUUAAGUUGAUCUGGCCUUUGGCCCAGUCUUCACCUUGGACUGGGCCAAAGGUCAUGUUGAUACAAGAGAUUUUCCUAUCUCUCUUGGGCACUUUCUCUGAUACUCUUGGAAAACAGUCCUUGCAUUUACAUGUGUACAGGGCCUGCAGUUUUAGCUCAGCCCUAUACAUGCAGGCAGAAAUGGGAGGACAGAAGUGUCUUCAUUUUUAGAUGGCUAUUCAGCUUUGCAGCUGUAAAGGCCAGUAAAAAUCCUGUUGAAACUUAUGUUUAAAUCCAAAAUAUGCAUCCAAUUCGGGUAUCUUACACGUUAUACUUCUAGUUUGUUUAUAACAAGCAGUUUGUGAAUGUGGCACUUAAGUA